AGGCAGGCAGGGAAGGGAAGGGAGGGAGGGCGUGCGUCCGAAGGGGAGGGGGCGCCCCUCUUCUUCUUUUUCUCCCCCCUCCCUCCCUUCCCCACCCCUUCCCUCUCGCGCUCGGGCGGCCGAGGGAGGCUUAGGGCUGGGCUGCAGGCGAGCAGCGAGGCGGGCGGCGAGGCACGCACGCACCACGGCGAGGCGAAGGAUGCUCCCGUCGCCAUGGCAGCCGCGGCGGCGGCGGCGGCAUUGAGAGUAAGGAGGGUUCUUUAAACCCUGAGUUGCCAAGAAACUCUGGGAAAAUAAUUAACCCUUCCUACAACUCUCAGCUGGCUACCUACAGAUUCCAAACCAGAGGAGAGAAUUCUUGCUGAGCUCAAGGACUUGGCAGAUGAGCAUUUUAGGCUCCUCUGACGACUGGAGUGCUCCCUGGCCAGAAGCUCGGGCAUUCGGUGAUGGAUAUCUAGUAUUGUGACCUGUGAGAACCAGGCUUUACCGCUUCUCUUCCCUUCAUUUAUCCUUUGUCAAAGAGAGGCAAAGUGAGUGGGCUGUUAUAGAAAGGUAGUAAUUUUUAAUUAUGUGUGAGAGAGAGAAAGAGAAGGAAAGACAGGAAGCAACAGGAGGGAAGUGCUGACAGCAAAGAAAUCUGUUUCUACCCCUUCUUUACCUUGUACUUUUUUAAAAAAAAUCUUACCAUAUUUAUUUUAAAGAUAUAUAUCUUGCUUCCUGUGUUCAAGGAAGCUCAAAACUGCAUAAAAACAAAUUACAACAAAAACAGUCUAAAAUACAAAUUUAAUACAAUUUUUAAAACCCCAGUAGAACAACUAUUCAAAUCCUAUCCCCUUUGCAAAUCCUUGCAGGAGCAAACCCUCAUACACCAAAAGAAUGACAAUUCAUAUCAACAGCAAAUUGGUAAUUCCAAAGGCCAAUGGUAAAAUGGAUUUAACACAUACCAACUGAAGGCCAUAAACAAACUAAGUUUACAUUUUCAUGAAAAAAAUCUAAGCAGGAUAAUAAGGUACAGACUAAUAUCCUUGUGGGCAGGCCUGCAUCUGUAAAAAGUUGAAACGAUCCUCCAGUUCAGCGCAGAUGCUAACUUUCCCUUAAAAACAAAGAUGAGUCUUCACAGAUAAUCUAGAAGUCUAGUUUUCUCCAUUAUUCCUCUAGUUUCUGUACAUUCUAUUAAAAAGAAAAUCUGGAAUUAAAUUCAGUAUAACCUUCAAUAUAAAAUAAAGUCAUCUAAGAAAAGGGAAGGGGAAAAAAAGAAAAUACAUGAAUCAAAAGAGGGAUAAUGAAGAUAACAGAAAGAGAGUAAAGGACAAUAUUGAAAAGUAUAACAAAGAAUAGUGCAAGACAAUGUGUCCUCCUUGUUGGUGUUUCUCCCAGAUGUUAUGUCCACAUCUCCCUCCUAUUUCCCUAUGGUAGCCAAUAAAAUAGCAAUACUGGCUCCUCUACAAGACUCCGGUGCAUAAUCCUUUGUGGUGCUUUCUGGAGCUCAAUAAGAAGGCAGCAUCAUGAAUCGUGGGGGAGGCAGCAGCCCCAUGGAGGAACUAUCUAAGGCUACCCUGCAUAAUAACUCACUGUGGUGGCUGGCUUGUGGGCUUCUUGCUCUGUUGGCCAACUCCUGGAUCAUCCUGAGCAUCACAGCCAAGCAGCAGAAGCACAAGCCCCUAGAGUUACUGCUAUGCUUCCUGGCAGGCACGCACAUUCUCAUGGCUGCUGUGCCGCUCACUACUUACGCGGUGGUACAGUUGCGACGUGAGUCCUCCGACUAUGACUGGAAUGAGAGCAUUUGCAAGGUCUUUGUCUCCACCUAUUAUACAUUGGCCUUGGCCACAUGUUUCACUGUGGCCUCCUUAUCCUACCACCGCAUGUGGAUGGUGAGGUGGCCUGUCAACUACCGCCUGAGCAACGCCAAAAAGCAAGCCCUUCAUGCCGUGAUGGGCAUCUGGAUGGUGUCCUUCAUUCUCUCCACACUACCGUCCAUUGGCUGGCACAAUAAUGGGGAGCGUUACUAUGCCAGUGGCUGCCAGUUCAUUGUCAGCAAGAUAGGAUUGGGAUUUGGUGUGUGUUUCAGCCUACUUCUUCUUGGAGGCAUAGUCAUGGGCUUGGUGUGUGUGGGCAUCACUUUCUACCAGACCUUGUGGGCACACCGAAGACAUCACAGAUGCCACCACCAGAGAGCAGAAGAAGCGGCCUCUUCUUGUCAUUCAGUUCACAACACCUUCAAUGUGCCAGCCAUUGUGGUAGAGGAUGUCAGAGGCAAAAGACGGUCAUCCCUGGAUGGGUCUGAAUCCGCCAAGACUUCAAUGCAGAUGACCAACCUCAUUAGUGCCAUUGUUUUCCUGUAUGACUCACUGACUGGGGUUCCCAUUUUGGUGGUGAGCUUCUUCAGUCUACGCUAUGACACCGCUCCCACUUGGAUGGUACUGGCUGUGCUUUGGUGCUCCAUGGUGCAGACCCUGCUUCUCCCAUCCUUCAUCUGGUCCUGUGAACGUUACCGGGCUGACCUCCGUACAGUGUGGGAACAAUGUGUAGCAAUAAUGUCAGAGGAAGAUGGGGAUGAGGAUGGCACUGGUGAUGACUAUGGUGAUGGGAGGAUCUGCAAGGUGCGAUUUGAUGCCAAUGGUGCUGCGGCAUUGAAGCGGGACCCCAGAGAUGCUAAGCUGCUGCCAGUCCAUCACAUGCUGUUGCCCCAUGACAGGGUGCACUACCUGCAGGUCCCUAUCUCUCGCAGGAUGUCUCACGAUGAAACAAACAUCUUCUCCUCUCACCGCUCUUCUCCUUCCUUCCUUCACAAGUGGUCCUCAUCGGAUGACAUCCGUGUGGCAGCCCCCUACAAUCCUGAAGGAGUCCCAGGCUUUCUACCUCCUGAACUUCGCUACCACCACCGUCGAAGGCCUCCGGAGGAUGAGUUCACGACUCUUCGGCAGUUCUUGGAAUCUGGACUGGCCAUCCGGGCCCCAGGACCCCCCGGAUCCACAGCUUGCUUCUUCCGCGACGAGAUUACCACCUUCAUUGAUGAAACACCCGUACCUUCCCCGCGCAGCAGUCCACGCCAUUCGCUCCUCCCAUUCUCAAUACAACAGGAGGGACAAAGCUCCCCAGCUGAGCAGGACGGAGAUACGGACAGGGAAAGACAGUGUUCACUGACUGGUGGUGAAAACCUAGGCCUCUGCAGUGGUGAACAAAGCACUGACCAAUGGACCACAGCAGCUUAUGAGGCACAGACCUUCAGCAAGGUCAGCCUAUGAACUGGAACUAACAGCGUUUCCUGGGUUUUUAAGGAAAACUUGAAAUCUCUAACCAAUCCUAGGACUCAAGGGUAAUUUAGAUCCUCGUGUCUCUCACCAUGUUUAUGGGGGAGGAAAUACUGCCACUCUGAUUCUUUCUGUGGUGUGGAGGAAAGGGGGGGAAAAGGAGCAGGGAGCAAAUGGCAUUGUUGGAAGGAACCGUGAUGCCCUGCUCUCAGGUGACAAAUACAUGCACGGACCACCACAGCUCACAGAGGACAUUUUUUGUCAGUUCCACCCCGUUGGUAGGUGUUAGCACCACCCAUGUCUCCCCUAUCUUAGCUCCACCCAUUAUGAGAAACACACAUUGAUUGCCAAGUAUGGGGUAGGAAGGUAUUAAAAAAAUUAUAUUUGGAGUGUCA